UAGACAUGAACCAAAUUGGUUGACAGUUCAUUUUUCAACUUGAACAAACGUCAAACAUUAUUGUUAUUCCACUAUUUCUCAAAGAGGUAAACAAAUGUGUUACUUCAAAGCAACGAAAUAAAAUCGCCUGUAAUGUUGUUUUGUUUUAAAGUGUUUUCUUCACAACUCGAAGUUUCAAACAAUUACUAAAAAAAAAAUUCAAAAUGAGCGGAGUUUGUUAUGUGUGUAAUAAAAAUCCACCAAAUUUAUUGGUUCUCGUUAAAUUGAAAACACAAUACUCGCAAAAGUCAUUCAUUGAAAUCAUCAACGAAAUUUUGGACGAUUUCACAUCUCGUCGACAAAUUCACGAUGCAUCGAAUUGCAUUUGUGUGACUUGUUUUGGUCUGAUCCAAGGUUAUGAUUUGCAUAGUUCGUCGGCCGAAGCACGGAAACAGAUGCUGCGGAAAAUGUUGGUUAAAGCCGAAGAUUUAAAUUUGAAACGCAAUAAAAAUACCGCCAUUAAACGAACGUAUGAGAAAAUGAGCACGAAUGAAGCCAAUCCAACAAUGCCAAAAUGCUCGAAUAGUGAGCCGGAUAAAAUCAUCCGACUGUCGGCGCCAAAUGGAAAACUCAGAGUGUUAAAGAUGGUUCCAAAGCCCAACGCACUUAAGCCAAUUGCAUUGAAUCCUACUGUAUCCAAACCAGAAACAACGGAACCGAAUAAAAAAUUGAAAUUGUUCAAGGUGGUAUUUAAACCAAACGCACCUAAGCCUGUGAUAUUGAAGCCACCCAUGCCUGAACCAAUGCUGCAGGAACCAGAACUGGAGAAACCAAUUAAACUAGAACUAAUGGAUCCAAUCCUACACACACCAAAACCAAUGGAAGAAAUUGAAAUGAGUCAAUCGCAAUGUGUCACCGUGGUGGAUCCACCAAAGUUUCCAUCCCAAAAUGUUGCCAAAUAUGUUGAGAGAAAAAAACCCAAUCGACCAAAAAAGUACAGGAAAAAAUGCUUCCAAGCCAAAUGCGACAUUUGUGACCGAAAAUUUGUCGAUAAAAAAGAAUUCAAGAAACAUCAAGAGUGGCACCAAAGAAAUCCCGGAUGGUGUUGUUCCAUCUGCAGUUUUCUACUUUCUGAUAAAGAAUCGCUGUUGAGUCAUGAGAAAUUACAUGUUGGCCGCCCUAAAUUGGAAUGUGUAAUUUGUGGAAAGAUGACACAUAAAAUAAGAUCACACACUGAAAUACACGGUGAAAAGCGAUAUAUAUGCGAAUACUGUGGAAAGGGAUUCACUACUGAAUAUGCAAUGCAAGGGCACCAAAAGUUUCACACUAAAGAAUGGAAAGGUGAAUGCGAUACUUGCGGUCAUGUUUGCUAUGCCCGAAAUAAUCUAGUGGCUCAUUUGAAGUUGCACUUGAAUAGGCGACCGUACACUUGCUCUCACUGUGGCUUUUCAUUCAAACGAAGAGACAAUCUGAGAAUCCAUGAGAGACGACACACUGAAGAUACCAAAACUUUGAAGUGUACCAUGUGCUCAGCGAAGUUUGAGCAUAAAUUUUAUCUCAAACAACACAUGCAGAGGAAGCAUCAAAUCGAAAAUCUCACCGGAGCACCAUUCGUCCCGAUGAAUGGCAGUCAAUGAAUAAGAUAGGCUACCAUUGGUAGCGCAAAUUAUGAAAUUCAUAUUGAUACCAUCAACAUUUACGAAAAAUAGACUAUCUGCAUAAGAAAUGCAGUGUGUGCAGAACGUAAACUUUUACUGAGAAGAAGACUGUUUGGACGAAAAGACAAUGAGCUAUGAAUAAAAAUUAUAAGGAAAGAAAA